AACGGCACGAAUAACACGUAUUAUUGUUUAUUUUACACGCAAGACAGUUUAUAUCCUAACUCUCGUACAAACUUAAUUCAGGUGAAAAUAUGUUUACUCAUUGAUCUUCCUAAAUUGAAAUAUUCAAACUAGACAGUUACAGAUGUUUGACGUGCUGUAUUAGCUACGGAAACUAGUGGGAGGUAGUGCGUGAUUGAAAUGGUGACGUGAUGAGUUUAGCAUGCGUUGGACGACGUGGUGGCAGAUUAUUUUCGUGUUAAACACCUCCCUGGCACAGAGCAACACGGUAACCGUCUGCCAGGAGGAUGAUUGUAGCUGCGACUCAUUCACGAGACUCAUAUGCAACUGCACCAGUGCAGACUCGGAGGUAACCCUAAGACCAGAUGGCCCAUACCGGGUACCAUCCACCAUCACAGCAAUUUUUAUCAACGGAUGCGGACGAAUAUCAUUCCUGUCGGAUACCGUCCGAGAUCUUAUCAAUCUACGUAACAUCGAGAUCAGAAAUGUUCAACACGUUAUCAUCAAUGAGAGAGCUUUGGCGUGGUUGCCGUUUCCGAGGGAAAAUGAAAUGAAUCCAGGUCUCAGGAUAACAAUAGACAAUUCAACGAUUGAUGAAAUAGCGUCACACGCAAUACAAGGGCGGUUUAACGACAUUAUAAUCAGGAACAGCAAAUUUGUUAAUGCAAGACCUUUCGCGUUUUCUAGUCUUUUCGGUGUUAAUAAUGUAGAACUUACCAACAAUGUGUACGAAAAUAUGGACAUACAAGUCUUCAAAAAAUUCUCAAUGUUAAAUUUCGUAAUAAGCGGAGGUACCGUUAACGUUUUACCCAGUAGGUUUCUCUCUGACGUAGAAGUUACGAAUCUUUUCCGCGUGGAAGGAGUUACCGCCAGAUCCUUGUAUAGUUUAACGUUCCUUGUUAGCUCACCAAAGAGGGUCCUUAUCGAAAAUAACAAUAUAGAAACAGUGGAAGGAGACGCCUUUCAUAUAGUCACAAGGGGACCCAUAACUUUUAGAAAUAAUACUGUGACAAACUUGAAAAAGGGUGCCUUACUUGGAUUCACAGUAGAAUUGGAAGUAGCAUCUGUGUCAGGAGCACAAGAAUUAUUGAUUGACAAUAAUACGAUAACGAAUUUAAACCCAUCAUCGUUAAUGUACAAUCGCACUCGACUGAAUCGGCGAGUGGACGGUUUAAACAUAGACGUACCAUGCAGUUGUGAACUAGCCGACGAAUGGCGUAAAGCCCUUAAAGACGAAGGCGGAAAUAUUGCGUGUUGGUACGAACUAGAAAGAUAUUUUGUCUCUUUGCCGACUUACACCGACAGUAGGUGCGGUCCAUUCAAGCAGAAUUUCUGGAUUUUUGUUGUUAUUGGUAUAGUAUUAGCGUUAACUCUCGUAGCUAUUGCGAUAUUUUUCAUUGUAAGACAUGAAAAUGAAAAGAAAAAAAAGGUGCAGAUAGUUAUGCCAGAUGGAAAGACUUACAGAGAGACUGAAUUGCAUAUAGUAGUAGAAAGGGCCGAAUUACUGACCACCGAAUUAUGAUCUUAUGAUUUGUUAAACUGACGCUCCACGAUUUUCAAUAAAUUAAAUUCGUGACUGAUGGCAACUACUUGGUCUAAUAGGCAACUAAUAUAUUUUGAAGUCGUUACGAAAAUAUUGAUCGUUUUUUUUUUUUUUUUUUGGAUAUGUGAUUGUGUUAAACGAUAUGUAAUCGAUCGUAAGUUAAGUAGAUCUGUGAAUAGCAUUAAUCGUCUACCUCAUCGUCAGUUUGAAUAGUGCCAAGUUAUUUAAACAUCGACCAGUAUUACCCGAUGUAAUAACGAAUGUUUCAGUAAUUUUAAAUUACUUUGUAAUAAAUAAAAUAAAACAAUUUCAAUCUUUUAUUU